AUGCCACAAUCCAGCGCCCUGAGAGCUGCCUAUAACGCGGCGGGGUCCCGCGAAUACCCCUCGAAUGGGGCUCCCCGAGCGGGGUGCCCCACUUUAAAGUUUAUCCCCCGAACGGAGCUCUCGCCAAAACUUUUGACGAUCGUGAGAUUUCCCGACGGCGAACCAGACAAAUCACCGGAGAAAUCCUGCUGCGCCCGCGAGAACGUCAUGGUCAAACGAAAGCGGUCCGAACCCCGAUUGGAGGAGAACCUACAGAAAUGGGAGAAGGAGCUCGUGCGCGGCCUCAAGGCGGCAAAGGGCUUCGAGAGGCAGAGAUAUGCGAAGCGACAGCGCGAGGCCGAUCCCGAGAAGGCUGCGCGGCUGGAGAGGGAGAUCGUAGUGUUAAAGAGUAUUGACCUCCACCAAUGCGCCCAUCAGCACCUCUGCUCCUCGCUCCUGAGGAUCAAGGGCGUCGCGGAUGCCCCCAACCUCCCCGAGGCCAUCAAGCCCGUGCCGAAGCCCGAUCUGACCGACGACGAGAGAACGGCCCUGCACAAUGUCACGAGCGCCCUGUGCAACCGCAAACAGGUCAAAGAUGUCAUAGACGAAGCGAUCAUGGGGACGUGUAUCGCGUUGCGGGUGCCGAUGCCGGAGAAGAAGGGCAAAGGAAAGGGCAAGAAUGACAGAAAGGACCCCGAACAACAAGCUGACGACGUAAAAAACAAAGUGCCCGCGGAGAAGCCGGCCAAGAAGGCCAAGCAGGCUUCUGAAGAUGAAGAAGAACAAGAACAAGAUGCCGAGUCAUGGGACGGCUUUGGAUCUGAGGCUGGCGAAGAUCUCAAGGGCCUGGCCGGAAUUGACGAUGAAGAGAAGGCUUUCUCACGAUUCGACGAUAUGCUGGGCAGUUCGAGCGAGGACGACGACGGAAAUGGAAGUGACGGAGACGAGGCUGGGGACAGUCGCGCAAAGUCAAUUCGAGGGCCAUCAGACUACUUUUCUGGCUCUUCGGCGGGGGAAGAGUCAGAGGGCGACGACGAAGAAAGUGACGGAGAAGAAAAUCAAGAGGAUGAUGACGAGGAGGACGAUGAAGAAUCCGACGCCAGCGCAAUUUCACCGCCACCAAAGAGGGCCAAAUCCAAAGCCGCCAAGCCAGAGCCAGCAUCCUCUGGUAACUCGACCUUCUUGCCUUCUCUUAUGGGCGGUUAUAUCUCAGGUUCUGAAUCCGAGGCUUCAGAUAUUGAUGUUGCGCCACCUUUGAAGAAGAACAGACGUGGUCAGCGUGCACGCCAAGCGAUUUGGGAGAAGAAGUUCAAGAAGGAAGCCAACCAUGUCAGGAAGCAGCAGGAGAGGUCUUCCAGGGAUGAAGGCUGGGACAUGAAGAAGGGAGCUGUUGGUGGCGAGGAGGAUUCUGGGCCAUGGAAGAAGGGUAUACGCAACCCCUUCGAGAAGAAGUCGGCCCCCGAAGGAGUCCAUCCUGAUCGACAGGCCAACUUUGAUCAGCAGGAGCCAGAGCGUCAACAGAGACCGGAACGACCACAGAGACUGGAACGUCAAUCAAGGCCAGAACGUGAGCAAGGAUCUGAGCGCCUGAACAGAUCACAACGUCGCGCCCAGCUGGCUGCUUCUGGCAGUCUGCCGAUCGCCAAUCAUCAGAGAGACGAAGUGCCGAAGCGCGUAGUCCCCAAGCCGCAGCCGAAACCUCAAAAGGAUGAUGAGGGACCGCUUCACGCAAGUUGGGCGGCCGCCAAGGCAGCAAAGGAGGCUGCUCAGAAGGUUGCCUUCCAGGGCAAAAAGAUUACUUUCGACUAG